UUGAAAAACCUUAUUUGUGGUUUGUGGUUCGACCGCUGAGUGGGCCGGAAAAUAUAAAGAAAAAAAAUGUCAAGCAACUACGAAGGAUACAAGUCGCCAUUGAGCACACGCUAUGCCAGCAAGGAGAUGCAGUUUUUGUUCAGUGAUCAGAACAAGUUCUCGACUUGGCGGCAGCUGUGGGUUUGGCUAGCUAAGGCAGAGCAUACGCUUGGGUUAGACAUAACCGAAGAACAAAUAGCACAAAUGGAGUUGCACAUUAAGGACAUCGAUUUCGAGGCAGCGGCCGCCGAGGAGCGUCUCACGAGGCACGAUGUUAUGGCACACGUACACGUCUUUGCCAAGCAGUGCCCGGCGGCAGCACCAGUCAUUCACCUGGGUGCUACUUCAUGCUAUGUGGGCGACAACACGGAUCUCAUUGUGCUGCGCGAUGCAUUGCAGCUUCUAUUGCCACGCGUGGCAACAGUUGUAGGGCGCCUUCGGCAGUUUGCCGAGACUUAUAGAGCCCUGCCGACAUUGGGAUUUACGCAUCUGCAGCCAGCGCAGCUGACUACAGUUGGUAAACGCGCUUGUCUGUGGAUACAGGACCUACUAAUGGACGAGCGUGCCCUGGGUCGCUGUCUCGAGGAUCUGCGCUUUCGCGGCGUAAAAGGAACCACCGGUACGCAGGCUUCGUUCAUGGAGCUCUUCAAUGGAGAUAGCCAAAAGGUGAAACAGCUGGACACGCUAGUAACUAAGCUGGCAGGCUUUAGCAAGCCCUAUGCCGUCACCGGGCAGACAUAUACACGCAAAGUGGACGUCGAGGUGAUGGGUGCCCUGGCCAGCCUAGGGAGCAGCAUACACAAAAUGUGCUCUGAUCUGCGCAUUCUAGCUUCGCGCAAGGAGAUCGAGGAGCCCUUCGAGAGCACACAGAUUGGCUCGUCUGCGAUGCCAUAUAAACGUAACCCGAUGCGUUCGGAACGAUGCUGUGCCUUGGCUCGCCAUCUGAUCACGUUGUUCAGCAAUGCGGCGAAUACGCACGCCACACAGUGGCUGGAGCGCACUCUGGAUGACUCAGCUAACAGGCGGUUAACGUUGUCGGAAGGCUUCUUGUCUGCUGAUGCGGCUCUGCUUACGCUUCUAAAUAUCACCCAGGGACUGGUGGUCUAUCCGAAGGUCAUAGAGAGGCACAUUGCUCAGGAGCUACCAUUCAUGUCCACGGAGAAUAUUAUCAUGGCAAUGGUUAAAGCCGGUGGCGAUCGCCAGGUGUGCCACGAGAAGAUACGCAUUCUCUCCCAAGAGGCCGGUGCUCAGGUCAAGCAGUUUGGCAAAGACAACGAUCUGGUGGAGCGCGUACGCAACGACUCAUACUUUGCGCCCAUUCUGGAUAAACUGGACCACAUUCUGGAUGCACGCACUUUUACUGGCCGUGCCAGCGAACAGGUGGGCGAGUUCAUUGCCGAGGAGGUGCAGCCCGUGCUAGCCCGCUACAGCGACGCCCUCAAGAGUGUCCAGAAUGUACAGCUAAAUAUCUAAAAAUAAUUGUUCCAUCAUUUUUGUAAUCCUUUAAGCUCAAAGCUAUUAAACACAUUCACAUAUUUUGUUAUGACGUA